AUGUUACACCAAGCCUGGCAGCUGUAUGGGAGGUGGUGCCGUUGGUCCAGUCCUUUUAUCCAUCUCCUCAUGCUGACUGUGGUGACAUUUGGUGUGCUCGCACCUUUGAUUUGCCACCGGCUCCUCCACUCUUACUUCUAUUUGCGGCGGUGGCACCUGAACCCCAUGAGUCAGGAGUUCUUGGAGCAGAACUGGCAGGAGGGCCAGGCUGCGCUCCAUUACUUUGAGAAGCUUCAGAUACCAAAUGCCUCCGAGGCCUCUGGCAGUGAUGCCUUUCAGCCCUUGCUGCUUGUCACCAUUAUCACUGUGCAGAGGCGGAAUGACUUCCACUAUGUCUUGCAAGUGGCCGCCCGCUUCCACCGUCUCCUCCAGAAAUGUGGUGCACGUUGUCAAAACCACCGCAUCCUCCUUUGUAAUGUGGAGUCAGACCCCAGUAGCCAUCAGGAUGUCAGGCUGCUGAGCAGCUUCUUUCCUAUGGUCAGUCUUGACAGAACUGGUGAGAACCCUGACCCCAGAAUGAACCAGUUUGAGAAGGAGAAGCAGGACUAUGUCUUCUGCCUUGAGCAGUCACUGUUGGCAUACAACCCAGAAUACAUCCUCGUAGUAGAAGAUGAUGCUGUGCCAGAGGAGGAGAUAUUUGCUGUCUUGCAGCACCUCUUGUUGGUCCGGUUCUCCAAACCAUACCUUAGAGAUGCACUCUAUUUCAAGCUUUACCAUCCUGAGAGGCUUCAGCGCUACUUUAACCCUGAACCCAUGAGAAUCCUCGAGUGGCUAGGUCUGGGCAUGUUUCUGGGGCCCGUGCUGAACUGGGUGUACUCCUGCGCAACUGGGCGCCCGAGCCUCAGUUGGCCUGUUGUCUUGUUCUUCGCUUUGUAUAGCAUGGCUUUGUCAGAGCUGGUGGGACGGCAUUACAUGCUGGAGCUGCGCCGGCUGGCCCCCACGCUCUAUAAUAUCGUGCCAGUCACCGAAUGCUGCACGCCUGCCAUGCUCUUCUCUGCCGUGUCUGCCCGCCGUGCCUUAGGCUACCUGAAGGAGCUACACUGCCGCCAGGGUUUUGCUAAGGAUAUUGCCCUCUACUCGCUGCUGCAUACUAAAGGGGAGAACGCCUACGUGGUGGAGCCUAACCUGGUCCAACACGUGGGAAUGUAUUCCAGCCUUCGCCUAAAUGAUAACCCGAAACUGCUGUGA